GACCUAUCUAGCACCGUUGGAAUUAACGCGCUGAGAAGUCUGCGGUACCCAACGUUCAUUCCUCCAAAGCCAGAAUUACAAAUCGAAAAGAUGGCCACCAAUAUGCAAACUCAGGCGAACCCGCCUCUUCCUUCUGCAGAGAUCAUUCAGUCUCAGUUCGACAUGGCAAUCGCCCUUGCUCUUGCCAACUGGCCGGCUUUGACACUCGCGGUACAAAAUCAAUGGGGUGGUCCUGACAGCGCCGAUAAACGAGAUUGGUUUGCUGGAGCAGUUUCUGAUCUUUUCCUGUCGGACCCGGAAACGGAUGCUCAGGAUGUCGAGGAUAUGCUGUUGCAGGUCAUGAAUGACGAAUUCGAUGUCAAUGUCGACGAUGACAGUGCUCUUGCAGUAGCCAACGAGAUCUUGCUCUUGCGAAAGGAUGCCUUUGAGGGAAACUUCAACCGCAUCACUGAAAUGCAGCAGCGAUGGUCGGAAAAGAAGGGCAAGAGCAAUAUCAAUAUUUCAAAAGGCGAGGGAGAAGACGAGAGCGAUUCAGAUGACAGCGAUGAGUCGGAGGACGAUUAUUCCGACAUGGGUGAUAACUCGCGCCCGGCUGCUGCGCCAAAGCCCAAACCCGUUCCCGAGGUGGACGACGAUGGCUUCACUAAGGUUGUCGGCAAGAAGAGGUGAAAGAUGAGGUCUUGGUCUGAAUGUUUAAGAUAUCAUUUAGUAUUUUGGCUCAGCGCAUGAGAGGCGUUACGGAUUACAAAAGGUGCAAGCGUUUGAAAAUCAUAUUUGCCAUUCAAUCUUCAUGUAGAAUUUAUGCAUUACAAACAUCAAUUGUUACUAAGACAUGUAUUUGAUGAUAUCUACGAGC